AUGGCUUCCAUCCUGGGCCUCAUUCCGGGCCCGCUGUCCUGGCCCGUUAGCAUCCUCGUGCUGCUGCUGACCGUCGCCGCCGCGGUCCUGGUCCAGCUGGUGGCAUCGCGGCCGGCCUUUCCCAGCGGCGCGCCUCGCCUGCUCAAGGGGUGGCCCGUUUUCGGAUCCAUCGACUUCUUCCGCGCCCGCGCCGAAUUCAUCGACAAGAACACCAAGAAGGUGCCCAGCGGCCAGUUCAGCUUCUACUAUGGACCCCACCCCAUCGUCGCCGUGUCCGGCCCGGAGGCCCGAGUCUCGUUUUUCAACACGCGCGGCCUCGACUUGAAUAAAGGCUUCGCCGCCCUCUUCGCCGCCGCGCCCAACAUCGACCACCUGUACGAGGGCGACAUGACGAGCCAGUUCAUCACCAUAUUCAAGCGCCUCCUGCAGAGGGACCGGCUCGCCGGCAACCUGCACCACAUGACCACCGAUGCCCACGCCGCCAUCUCCAAGAUCGACACCUCGUCCGCCGUCGAUCCCUUCGCCGUCAUGCUCAAGCUCGUCUACCAGCUCACGCACCGCACCCUCGGCAGCAACGACGUUGCCAACGACCCCAAGCUGCUGACCGACACGCUUGCCGUCUUUGGACGCCUCGACGACAGCUCCGCCAUGGAGAUUAUGUUUCCCAAGCUGCCCUGGCCCAGCAAGGUUCGCAAGAUGUGGGCUGGCGCGAGGCUUCACUGGGCUUUCUCCAAGAUUAUCCACGACCGCCGCAAGACGGGCAGGACCGACACGGAUGCCAUGCAGUGGUUGAUGGAUCAGGGUCUUUCCGACAUUUUCAUCUCUGUUUUCAUCAUGGGCUCCCUCUUCGCAGGCCUGAUCAACAGCACCUUCAGCGCCGCCUGGAUCCUCUCCCACCUCACCGACAAGCCCGACUGGUACGCGCGGAUACAGGCCGAGGUCGACGCCGUCUUGGCCAAGUACCGCCAGUCUCCCGACGAGCCCGUCGCCAAGGUCAUUGCGCGCCUGCCCAUGGAAGCGUGGGAGUCCGAGUUUCCCUUGAUCGACAUGGCUCUGCGGGAGACGAUCCGGCUCGACAACCAAGGCGUGUCGAUGCGCAAGAACAUCAGCGGCAAGGACGUUCAGAUUGGCAACACGGGCCAGGUGAUUCCCAACAAUACCUUUGCGAUCUACGGGAUGGGAGACAUCCACAUGAACGAGCAGGUAUAUCAAGACCCCAGCACAUGGGAUCCGAGUCGCUAUCUCCCCGGCAGAGAGGAAGACAAGAAGCAGCCCCACGCAUACAUCGGUUGGGGAACCGGGCUGCAUCCAUGCUUGGGAAUGAAAUUUGCGAAGCUCGAAAUCGCCGUCUCGACCGUCACCUUCUUCGCCCACUACGACUUCAAGCGCUGCGACAAGAAUGGCCACGAGCCCAAGGAUGAGCUGCCCACAGUCGACCGUUCGGGCAUUGGCGAGAAGCGGCCCGUCAGAAACAUCUUCCUCAAGUGCACUCCGCGUACCUGA